CAGUCGACGCAACCCGACCUCGUGGUGGGAUAAGGAAACUUGAGCAAAUACAGGAUGGGGUGGGCUGGUCUGCGAGGAAGAGAGGGGUGUGUCAGUUUAAACCACAUUCCAUGACAGCCAUAUAAAUGUUCGGAUUCAACUUUCCAAAACUUUGAGGCUGAGACAUACGAACCAACCUGACGUUCCAUCGCUGAUCCAAAGAGGAAUACACAGAUAUAAAAAUGCCAGGUGAGCGAUUGUCAGUAAGAGGCAUGUCAGAGGUGGGGCGUUUCCCCGGAGCAGCCCCACCCACCAGGGUGGAGCUGACCAUUCAGAAAGAUGGGGAGAAGAAACAGGAAGAGGGAGGCUCUCGCCGCUGGUUCAAGAAGAUGUGUCCAUGCUGCUGUAAGCGCCAGAACAGCACCUAUGAUGUUACAGAUAAGGUGGAAUUUGUCAAACCCUCAGUCCCGACCCCGACCCCAACCCCGGAGCCUGCAAAGCUGACGGUUGAGAAUGGAGAGGCUAAGGAAAUGGAAGGUAAUAAUGUCACUAACAUCACCCCUACAAAUCCUCAUGCGGACACAUACUUACAUUUUGACCUUCUUUCAGAAGUGAAGUUGUCAGUGUGUACUGUGGACCUGCUGAGCUCCAAGACGGGUCAGAACAGAAAGGAGCAUCACACUGACCUGUUUCAGGAGGAUGAGAUGAUCAUCCGCAGAGGACAGACCUUCCAGAUAGAACUUGAGCUCAACAGGCCCUUCAGUGCUGACAAUGACCAGCUGCACCUGGACCUGAAAACAGGUCCCCUGCCCCUGGUGUCCAAAGGCACCCAUGUCAUCGUCCCGCUGGUGGAUCACCUGGAGGAUGAACGCUGGGAGGCCAAGAUUGUAGAGCAGAACGGCAACAAGAUCAAGCUGUCCGUCAACUCUCCAGCCAGAGCUGUGAUUGGCCUGUAUGGGCUCACAGUGACAACCAGCACUUUGAAAGGCGAGGCGGCAAAUACUUUCAACUCCACCAAGAACAUCGUCAUGCUCUUCAACCCUUGGUGUGAAGAGGACACAGUGUUCCUGGAUGAUGAAGAGGAGAGAAAGGAGUAUGUUCUGAAUGACAUCGGGAGGAUUUACUAUGGCACAGAGAAACAGAUCGGGGCCCGCACAUGGAACUUUGGGCAGUUUCAUGAGGGAGUUCUGGAAGCAUGUCUGUUUAUCCUGGAGAAGAGUGGCAUGCCUCCAUCUGGUCAAGGGGAUGCUGUCAAUGUGGUUAGAGUCUUAUCUGCCAUGAUAAAUGCUCAGGAUGACCUUGGGGUCCUGGUGGGGAACUGGUCUGGGGAUUACUUUGAUGGAGUAUCUCCUUCUGCGUGGAGCAGCAGUGUGGAGAUCCUGAGGAAGUACCACUCCUCCAACGGCACACCUGUGUCUUACGGACAGUGUUGGGUCUUCUCUGGGAUCACUACAACGGUGCUUCGGUGUCUUGGCAUACCCGCCCGCAGUGUGACCAACUUCCAGUCUGCUCAUGAUACGGAUGUGUCCCUCACCACAGAUGUGUAUUUAGAUGAGGAUAUGGAGCCAAUCGACUACCUCAAUAGUGACUCUGUGUGGAACUUUCAUGUAUGGAAUGACUGCUGGAUGGCGAGACAGGACCUGCCUCCCGGUCAUGGAGGCUGGCAGGCUGUUGACUCGACACCCCAGGAGACGAGCCAAGGCACCUUCCGCUGCGGGCCUGCCUCCGUUAACGCCAUCCGCUCUGGCCAGGUCUACCUCAAACAUGACACGCCAUUUGUCUUCGCUGAGGUCAACAGUGAUAAGAUCUACUGGCAAAGAAACCAGGACGCCGGUUUCACGCAGAUCUACUGCGAGAAGAAAGCUGUUGGCCACCACAUCAGUACUAAAGCAGUUGGCUCUGAUGAACGGGCUGACAUCACACACCUGUAUAAACACCAAGAAGGUUCGGAAGAGGAACGGAUAGCUGUGGAGACUGCCAGUCGUUUUGGCAGCAAGCCAGAUACUUACUCCUCGGCCCUUGCAGAGGAUGUGUCAGUGGAGGUGAAGAUGGAGGGUGAAGGGCCCAGGAUGGGUACUGAUGCCAAGCUGAGCAUCGUGGUGAAGAACCUGAGCUCGCAGCCUCGCCGCACCACUCUGCAUAGCCAGGUGGCUGUCAUGUACUACACCGGUGUGCUGAAGGGCACCAUUAGGAAGGAGCAGAUGCCUGUGGAGCUCCUGCCCAAUGAAGAAAAGACCAUUGACUGGGUGCUGCCCUACCAACAGUACCAGAACCAGCUGGUAGAUCAGGCUGCUCUGAUGCUGACCCUGUCUGGAAGAGUCACUGAGACCCAGCAAGUGGUAGCCAACCAGACCACCUUCAGGCUCCGUACACCUGACCUCAACAUCACGCCUUUGGGAGACGCCAUUGUUGGUAAGGAGAUGGCGGCAAAGAUUACCUUCACCAACCCCCUGCCACGUAUACUUAAGGGAGUGGUGUUCAGAGUCGAGGGCCUGGGUCUGCAAAAGGGCCAUGAAGUAGUUGUGGGUGACGUAGGCGGCCACUCCACAGUGACAUUGACCGAGCACUUCAUCCCAACCCAGCCCGGACCCAGGAAGCUGGUGGCGUCUCUUGACUGUAAACAGCUCACACAAGUGCACGGAGUGGCUGAUAUCGUUGUUCUUGAGAAAUGAGGGGGUAAAUCCCUUCCUCUAAUAUCACUAUUUCCUUUUAAAAUAUGAACUUAGAGCCUCUAGUUAUAUGAAAAAUGUGCCUAUAUAAGUUCCUAUAUGUUAAGCAAUUUUGUACUAUGGAAGCAUUUUUUGAUAUGAAACUAGGACUAGGCGAUUAGAAAAUGUAGCAUUAUUAUCAGUAUUAUUGUUUUUUGUUACUUAUAAUAUUCUAAAUCCUGCCUUUGCCCUGAAGUGUCUCAACUGUGGUGAUGUAUGCGGUAAAUGUAUGCACAGAAAAUUAAGGGCUUUAUCUAACAUGUGUUCGUAUAUUAAAGUUGUAAAACUGUCAUAAUUCACAGACUGUCCCAACACUAAUGCAUUUAAAGACCAUGACCAAAGCAUGUGAAGGUUCAGAAAUUCAUAUAUUGAUUUUGUCAUAAUGUAAAUAUUGUAUGCGUUUUUUCCUGUAGCUCCUAUGAGAUUAAAAGUAUGUGAAACUUUUUCUUCAGACAAAAUGAACCUCACGUGGCUUACAUGAAGGAAGGGUACAUUGUUUUGAAAGGGAAUGAUGUAGGAAUCUGCACUGGCAUUUGGCAAAGGGCACGUUAUUAUAAUUCUGGAAGAUUUUGUGUCACAUUUGACAGAAAAAAUGUGUAAAGUGAAAAAGAAAGUUAUUUCUACGUACCAAUUAAGGAUCUAGAUUUCCAAAAUUAUAAAUCCACAACAACUUAAGUAAAAGGUUAUUUUAAUCACCAGAUGCAAAUUCACAACAACGUUAUUUUUGAAAAACCAACACGUUUCCACCUUUCAAACUCUCUAUUUACAGAACCUUAACCCUUAAGCCUUGCCUCACAUUUGGAAUCGAUUGCAUCAUAUCAGACCAUAGUGGCCUUAAUUCACCUUAGUUUUACCUGCUUCAACUGUUUAACUUGAGCACACGAAAUAUAAUGUGAAUGCAAGCAUUUCAAUAAAGUUACAGUAUUUAUCUGCCAUAUCUACCUGGAAUGUUAUCUUCUGUAUUGUACGUGCUGUGAUAGUAAUAAACCUUAUGGGAGAAAAUCACCUGAAAUCA